AUGCCGGCGAACUCGUAUGAUCUACUCCGCGGCAUGUUACAGCAUGCUGCGGAUGCUCGGAUGAGCGCCAUCCCUGAUGAAGACUCUCUAUCCGAGGAUGAAUCCGACGAUGAAUCCGAAGAUGACGACCUGGAGCAACUACCAGCGCUACCCGAAGUUGAUGAGCUAUGUGACCGGCUCCUGGGCCUCACGCCCAGAGAAGAAGUCGACAAUACAUUCGGCUGUGCUGACGAGGUCACCAAUCCCGGGUCGACUAUCCGCAUGGCGCUGGUGCACUCGAUAAUCAACAACUUCGCUGGGCUCAGAGAACAAGAGCCUGGAAAGUCAAAGAACCCCAGCGGCCAUCAAAUCAUGACAUACCGUUGGAAGCUGGCUAUCUGA